GUCCGCGGCGGGCGGUGAUUGGGCGGCGCGGGCGCAGUGCGCGGAGCCGCAGCAGCAGGCGCAGCCAUGCCGGUGGACCUGGGGCUGUGGAGCGGGCCGCUGAGCCUCACCGAGGUGGAGCAGAAGCCGGCGCACCCGCUGCGGGUCAAGUAUGGCUCCGUGGAGAUAGACGAGCUGGGCAAGGUGCUCACGCCGACCCAGGUCCAGCAUCGCCCCACCAGCAUUGAGUGGGAUGGCUGCGAUCCCCAGAAGCUUUACACCCUGGUUCUCACAGACCCAGAUGCUCCCAGUAGGAAGGACCCAAAGUUCAGGGAAUGGCAUCACUUCCUGGUGACCAACAUGAAAGGCAACGAUGUGGGGAGCGGGACUGUGCUGUCAGAUUACGUCGGCUCCGGCCCUCCCAAAGGAACAGGGCUGCACCGCUACGUCUGGCUGGUGUACGAGCAGCCGAAGCGCCUGACCUGCAAUGAGCCCGUCCUCUCCAAUCGCUCUGGUGACAAACGAGGGAAGUUCAAGGUGGCUUCUUUCCGCAGCAAGUACGAGCUGGGGGUGCCAGUGGCUGGCACUUGCUACCAGGCGGAGUGGGAUGACUACGUGCCGAAGCUCUACGAGCAGCUGUCGGGGAAGUAGGGCCAGGGCAGCUGACGCAGCACUGUGCAGCACCCCCCGCACCCCUGGAGAUCCGGCCGGUCCGAGCACGUCGCUGUCCUUUUGUUUGAUUAGUGAGUUGAACGCAGCUGCUCCCGCACUGCCCGCUGGAACUGUAACCCUGUCACUGUCCCUGUGGUCCAGACCCGUGCUGUGCUUCAGCUAAUUCCUGUAGGUACAGGUGAUCGCUAGCUAGACCAGCUUCCGACAAGGUGUCCUUAUAAGGGCCACCCCCUCCGGGCUGACCUGCUUAAGGGAAACCAAAGCCUCUGUGAAUUCGUGUCCCUCGAGAGCGUCUCUGCUGUACUGAAACGUUGUUCUGUGGCAGUGGUGUGGGUACAGAACCACUUCUGGGUUGGUGCUGGCUGGGGAGUGCCCCCUUUCCAGGAGGGGAUGGCAGUCUAAGGGAAAUCCCCCCUUCUUUUUUAAUUUUGUUUUUACCCUCAAGUGUUGGGCCAGUGCCUCCACCAAGUGAACCACUGAAGUCGUGAAGGUGUAUCUGGUAGGAGGAGGCAGGGAAGCCGGUGUAUAGCACUGCCUUCUGCUCUCUGUUGCCACUCGAAGGCGAGAGACCACUUCGUUUUGUUCAAGUUCUGUUGUGACCUGAUGUAAACGUGCCCUUUAGCUCACAGUGCAAUUAAAGACUUACCAAGGUG